AUGAAGGUCCUAGUUGUUUUCGCUCAUCCAGAAGAGAGAUCUUUCAAUAAGUCUCUAUUGGAUUCUUAUGUUAAGCAUUUAGAAUCUCAAGGUAACGAGGUCAAAGUAUCUGAUUUAUACAAACAAAAUUUUAAAGCUGUCGUCGACAGAGAUGAUUUCUUAAAUCUAGAUAAAGACGCCAGAUUACAAGUAGCUUCUGCCUCUUAUGGAGCUUUUGCCGCUAAACAAUUGACACCAGAUGUCGUUGAUGAAAUGGAUAAGCUUGUAUGGGCGGACACUAUUGUUUUCCAUUUUCCUAUAUGGUGGUUUGGCAUGCCAGCUAUUUUAAAGGGUUGGGUUGAUCGUGUAUUUGCUUGUGGCUUUGCUUACGGAACCGGUGAAUAUACUGCCACUCGUUUCGGUGACAGAUAUGGAGAAGGUAUUUUUGCUGGUAAGAAGGCUUUCGUUGUUACUACAUGCGGUGGUUCAGUAGAACAAUACUCUGACAGAGGUAUUAAUGGCCCUAUAGAUCACGUUUUGUUUACCAUUAAUCAUGGUUUACUAUUUUACACUGGUUGUGAGGUUCUACCAGCUAUAGUCAUCCAUAGAACUGAUGGUAGAAAGGAGGAAGGUUUCAAAGAAGCUGUCGAUUUGGUCAAUGAACGUUUUGACAAAUUUGACAGUGUUGAACCUAUCAACUACAGAAAGCAAAAUUUUGGUGAUUAUGAAAUUCCUUCAUUAAGAUUGAAAGAAGGUUUGGAAUUACCAAAUGAAUCAGGAUAUGAUAUUCAUAUUGCAAAGAAAUAG